AUGCAGUCUCAGGCCUCUCCUUUUAUGGCAGCAAAGCGACUCUCGAAAGAGCUGGAGACUUAUCAGGAGGAGGGAGAGAAUGAAAUAUUCCUAUACCUACGUCCCGUCGAUGAGGCUGAUCUACUACUCUGGGAAGCUGUAUUGAAGGGCCCAGUUGGAACACCGUACGAGGGUGGACUUUGGCACCUUACUAUUGAAGUCCCGCCGACCUACCCUAAUGCGCCGCCGACCGUCCAAUUCACGACUAAAAUCGUGCACCCGAAUAUCAAAUUCGACACAGGCAAGGUCUGUUUGUCGCUCUUGGAUGACGAUUGGAGUCCGCUUGGGGGUCUCGCGGCCGUAGUCAAGGCUGUUCAGCUGCUGUUGACCGAACCAAAUCCGGAUUCGCCGAUGAAUGUUGAGAUUUCGAUACUACUGCGCGAUGGGGAUGUGGCUGGUUAUGAGAGUGUUGUCCGGUACCUGACCGAGGAGCAGCGGUGGGUGGAAGAUCUGGCUGUUGGACGGUGA